AAUCCAGGGCAAGGUAUCCCAAGUUUCUCGCUUGACAUCUCGCGGUGAGCCAGCCACGCAUGUACAGCAGCAGCCGCAAAGCCAUGAGUUAUCUGUUCCAGACCAGGAGGAGUGACGCGACGCAGAAAAAGCCAGCGUCUUCAGAAGAACAGCAGCAAAAGAUAGAUGAUGUCCGGGAGCUGCUGGGCGACCUGCGGACGGAGAUGCCGAGCUUCCUGUCGGACGGCACCAUCCGCCGGUUCCUCCGGGCAAGGAACUGGAGCACGGAGCAGGCGGCCAAGGCUCUGAAAGAAGCUGUCAAGUGGAGGCGUCAGUUCAAGCCAGAGACGAUUUGUUGGGAAGACCUUGCUGGCACUGAGAACGAGGUUCGUAGAGCCUAUAUACCGGACUAUCUCGACAAGAAUGGGCGAACUGUGUUUGUGGUUAUGACGUCAAUAAAGAGCUUAACUUCAACAAAGGAACAUAUAAAACAGCUAGUGUAUAACCUGGAAAAUAUGGCCAUGAACUCAGAAAGCGCACAAGAAGAGAAUGUUAUUUGGAUGUGUAAUUUCCGUGAUUGGACACUAUCAUCUACGCCAUUGUGGGAGAGCCGUGAAUCACUGCACAUAAUUCAGAACUAUUAUCCAGGGUUGAUUAGAACAGCAAUUCUCAGCAACCCACCGAAGAUCUUUGAAUCCUUCUGGAAGAUAGUAAAACACUUCAUCGAGCCGACAUUGCAAGAGAGAGUGAAAUUUAUUUACAGCAACAAUUCAGAGAGCCAGAGGAUAAUGGCCGAUAUGUUUGACAUGGACAAACUGGAGUCUGCAUUUGGAGGAAGAAACACGGCUAGGCUUGAUAUUAACCAGUAUGCUGAAAGAAUGAGAAGACGGGAUCAGUUAAGAGGAACUAACAAGCACGCAAACGGCAACAUCUCAUCUUCCUGACCAGGAAUACUGAAACCUUGUAUCUGUUUGCAAUGUACUGAGCCAUGUAAGCUAGAUUCCAUGAAAUAGCUUAACAAGCUCGAUAAUUGUGAGCGCCUAGGAGGUUAAUAAAACGUCCCUUACGUGCCUUCAUGGUUUGUUAUUUGGGCUUCUCAGUAAGUUAAACAGAACGUGAGGUCUGUAACACUAGAAAUUUCUAAAGCUAAAAAAAUAAAAAGGUGAUAAAACUUCGCAGUA